AUGGCUCAGCGUGACAGCAAGACCGACAUCAGGGACGUCGAGCCCCAGAUCUUCCAGAAUGAGUAUCCGGAGAAGAUGAUCCCUCAGGUUGAGAAGAUUGAUUACUCUGGUGCUCAUGAGAAGACUGAUCCUAAGGAGAUUGCUCUUGUGAAGAAGCUUGAUCGAUGGAUGAUGCCUAUGCUUUGGAGUAUGUACUGGCUCAACUAUCUUGAUCGCAAUGCUAUUGCCCUUGCGCGCCUGAAUGAUCUGGAGGAGGAUCUUAACCUCAAGGGAACUGAGUACCAGACCUGUGUUUCUAUCCUCUUUGUCGGUUACAUCCUCGGCCAGAUCCCCUCCAACAUGUUCCUCACCCGCAUUCGCCCCUCUCGCUACAUGGGUAUCAUGAUGAUGCUCUGGGCCAUCGUCAGCGCCCUCACCGCCGUCGCAAAAGACUUCAAGGGUCUCCUCCUAACGCGCUUCUUCCUCGGUCUCACCGAAGCCCCCUACUACCCCGGCGCUGUCUAUCUCCUCUCCAUCUUCUACACCCGCAAGGAGGUCGCUACCCGCAUCGCCAUCCUCUACACCGGAAACAUCCUCGCUACUGCUUUCGCCGGUCUCAUCGCCGCUGGUAUCUUCCACGGUCUCGACGACGUUGCUGGCCUCGCUGGUUGGAAGUGGCUCUUCAUCCUCCAGGGCGCUGUCACUUUUGUGAUUGCUGUUGCAGGCUACUUCAUCCUCCCUGAUUUCCCUCUUACUACUAGGUGGUUGACUGAGGAGGAGAGACAGCUUGCGCAUAACCGUAUGGAGCUUGAUACUGUGGGUAACAAGGGUGAAACUAGCACAUGGAAGGGUCUUAAGCAGGCUGCUAGCGAUCCUAUGGUUUGGAUCUUCUGUGCCAUGGCUCAUCUUCACUUGGCUGCCAACGGUUUCAAGAACUUUUUCCCUACUGUCGUCAAGACUCUCGGCUUCAACACCACCAUCACUCUCGUCCUCACCUGCCCUCCCUACCUCAUCGCCGGCGCCAGCACCAUCCUCGUCUCAUGGAUGUCAGGCAAAUACAACGAACGAACCUGGCACAUCACCGCCUCCAAGACCGUCGCAGUCAUCGGUUUCGCCUCUGCCGCUGCCACCCUCAAUACAGCUGGUCGCUACGUCUGCAUGGUCAUCUUCACCAUCGGAACCUACGCCGUCAACAGUCUCAUCCUCGGUUGGUGCGGCUCUGUCUGCGGUCAGACCAAGGAGAAGAAGGCUGUUGCCAUCAGCAUGGUUACUAUGAUCAUGAACAUCAGCUUCAUCUGGACUCCUUAUCUCUGGCCUAAGAGCGACGAGCCCAGAUAUGCUAUUGCCAUGGCCAGCAGUGCUGCUUUCAGUAUUGGCACCGCUGCUCUUGCUUGGCUUGCUAAGAUUAUUCUCAAGAGACGCAACCAGAAGCUUCGUGCUCAGGAUAGCGAGACUGAGAUCUUUUAUGUCUACUAG